ACAACGUUGCCCGCCUAGUCAUUGCCCAGCAACUCUUCCUGAGUCCGAGAGUAACAAGAAGCCCAUCCACAUGUUUAUCAACAGCCCAGGUGGUGUGGUGACCUCAGGCCUGGCCAUCUAUGACACAAUGCAGUACUUCCUGAACCCCAUCUGUGCAUGGUGCGUGGGCCAGGCUGCCAGCAUGGGCUCCCUGCUUCUAGCCACUGGUCGCCCUGGCAUGCGUCACUCCGUCCCCACUUCCCGCAUCAUGAUCCACCAACCCUCUGAGGGCGCCCGGGGCCAAGCCACAGACAUCGCCAUCCACGCAGAGGAGAUCAUAAAACUCAAGAAGCAGCUUUACAACAUCUAUGCCAAACACACGAAGCAGAGCCUGCAGGUGAUAGAGUCAGCCAUGGAGAGGGACCGCUACAUGAGCCCCAUGGAGGCCCAGGAGUUUGGCAUCUUGGACAAGGUUCUGGUCCACCCGCCCCAGGAUGGGGAGGACGAGCCAGAGCUGGUGCAGAGGGAACCCACGGCACAGCCACUGAACCUCCCACCCCAGCAAGCUCCUGAGCCACACCAGUUUCCAGGAAAGUGGAGGGCCAGCGAAUGAAUCCCAGACUGCUUGCUUCUCCAGGCUGAGCCCAUAGAAGACCCUGGAGGAACUCUGGACUUGGGGUGCUUUCAUGGGUGGUGGCCUAGCUGAGACAC